CGAAAGCCAAGCAAGGAGGCGGCGUACAAGGAGCUGCGCUUGCAUCUCAGCAUCAUGGCGGGCUGCAUCGCCGUCAUCCGCGCCGCCCCCUACAUCCUCCACUACCUCACCCGCGAGCCCGGCAUGACGGAGCUCAAGCUCGAGCUCUAGGGCGGCCCGGCCGCCCCCAC